AUAAUGGAAUAGUAAUCAUGGCUGCACACCAAAGAUUUAUCUUUGCUUUAGAUAGAUUUUUAGAUCUUUUUCUUAGAUUAGAUAAUGAAAUAAAAGAAUAGAUAUAAUUAAAAUGACUAAUCUUUAUUUAUCAAGGACUGUGUUGUGCCUGUAUUUAAAAUAAUGACUUGUGUUUAAAACAAUGAUUUGUUGUAAUUGCGAAUUUUUUAAGCAAAAAUAAUUAAGAUAGAUAUUUGGCUGUUAAAGAAUUUUAAGAACAAACAUUGAGGUGUAUUGGUUAUGAAAACUAUUUUAUUUCAUACAAAAAUAUAUGUGACAGGAUGUUAUAGCCAUAGUUUUCCUGAACGAUGCAUGAAUAUUUAAUAAAACAUUUCAGAAUGUUGUACAAAAGAUGUCCAAUCAUAACUAUCGUGGUAUGGUUGAUUCUGUUGCCUAAAGUCGCCACUGGACCAAUAACAGAUCGGUCUAUACCAGUUGAGCAUUCAUGUAACCGCUUGCCUUAUAUCCUAAAAGAUACGGAACUACGAUUUAGUUACAGUGCUGAUCAUUUGAUGGAACGUAACUGUGUAGUAACUAUUUCAGCACAGGACAAAGUGUGCGUCAGUUUCGUGGAGUAUUAUCUUGAUUGUGAAACUGACAUUAUUUUUGCAGAAAAUGUCAAGUCCGUUGAGAAAAAGACUUACAGGUGUGACACUAAACACUCGGCAGACUUCUGUUCCUCUAAAUCAACCCUGCAAAUAAUUUUUCAACGGAAGAAAAAUCUGCACAAAGACGGAUUUGGAUAUGCUGAACUGAGAGUUUAUGGCACAAGUAAACCGGGCGUGAUUUCUGGAACUGCAUUAACUGUGAUAAUAGUAAUAGGCGGGAUAUUUGGCAUACUUCUGCUCCUAAUUCUGUCGUCUGUUCUUUUGUCACGUGCGCUGUAUAACCUACAUUAUAAAGCAAGAUUGGAGCAAACACAUAACUUAGAGGGUUAUCCUUUGCAAGGAGCAGAAGUUCCAGUAGAGCCGCCACCGCCGUACCAAGGUCCCGAGCACGAGCAAGGAGACACAGCAGUUCCAGAGUAAUGCAGAAUAAUUGUGAUUAUAUAUAACUAUACAUGUAUAAUUAUAUACAUGUGAUAUCUGUACGGUAUCUGUACAUACACAUAAUCUGUGAAUUCAGCUUUAGUGCAGAAUGGUAUAGAACAAGAACUCUGUUACUUCAAAUACAAUAGGGAAUUAAUAUAAUUUUAUUUUUACCUUGAAAAUAGAAAUGAGCCUAUAUGGAGUACAAUAUACAUUGGACAUAUAUAUUUGGACUUUAAAACUAAAAACUAGGUAUAUAUUUGAUUUAUAUAUUUUGAACCCUAAUAAUGGGAACGAGCCUAUAUGGGCUGUGAUAUGGAUGUAAUAUGGAUUUGAUUUGGAUGAUACAUUAUUAGUUCCUUGAAAAUACUAUUUGAAGUUAGAUUUACUGACAGUUUAAUCUCCGGCCAAUGUAAAUGAAAUAUAGAGAUGCCUGUAAAAUAAUGAAUAGCAAGAUACUUAAUUUCCUUUUUUGAAAUACAGCAUAUGUUUUCAUUAUUUUUGAUUUCUGAAAUGUCUCUUGUAUAAUAAAUUUAUUGUAAUAAGUUGUUUUAAAUGCUCAAUUGAGUAUAAGCUUUACUUGAUUUUCUAUAAUUAUUUACUUAAAAUUACAGUUUAUAUACAUA